AUUGCAUAUUAUUAGUAUCACAUUUUAAUCCCUUAGUUGAAUGAGUUAUCUCCAGUUCUAGCUCUGGUAGUCUGACUUUAGAAUUAAUAUUAAAAAUUGUUAAAAGUUUUUUUAAAUCCUCUAUACAAUCUCUUUGUUCUAGCAUUGAGGAUAUGCCAUGGGCGCAGAACUUAUGGGAGAAAGUUGAGCAGCAUACCAAAAAAGGCUUUCUGAACUGGUGUAAAAUUGUAAAAAAAGUAGCCGGUAACAAAGGCGAAGAUGUCGUUAUGUGGAAUAAGGACUAUCUCAGGUCGGUCGAUGAGAUUUUUUGCGAUAUGGUGGCCGAAAUGUCGCAAAUUCAUUCGUCAACCAUCAAUAAAAUGCAAGAGUUUUUCACUCGACUAGAAAAGGCGUGCAUCGAACUCCACCAACCAUUGCCUGAAAUUAAGGAAGAAGGUUUAAGCCUUUACGAAGCCCAGCAAGAAUUAUUGAAAUACGUGAAUAAAUAUGAAGCUGUCGUUAAUGCUAAGAAACUAGCUCUGGAAAAUCUUAACAAAAAACAAAUACAAUUAUGCAAAGAGUUAGACCGGAAAAUACAAAUUGAUUUGAAGUACCCCCCAUUGCCUACCCAAGCACAGUUUGAUAAAUUGGAAGCAGAAAAGUUUGAACGCGAGGAAAAAUUCGUAAAUUUGAAACACGAAAUGACAGAAAUCGUUGAUGAAAUCAAAUACAAACCCAAUAGCGACUUUGAAAGAGAGGUAUUGUCUUCAGAUGAUAUGAUGUUGAGUAACCAGAAUCUAAAAAUGCUGGAGUUUUUCGCCAAGUGUAUGAAAGAGCUCAAACUAUCCACCGAAGAAGAAGUGUCCCAUUUAAGAACAAGAAUUGAAGAUCUAUGGAAAAUGUUGGAUAUCGAGUUAAUAGAUAGAGAUGAAUUUAGAAGUCAUUAUACAGAAAACUCAUUAGAUACUUUGGAAGCGUUAAAAUUGAUGUAAAAAGAUGCGAGGAGCUUAGAAAAGCCAACAUAAAAAAAUUUGUGGACAAAUUAAGAGACCAACUCCAGACUAUUUGGACAACAGGUCAUUGCUCAGAUGCGGACAAGAAGACUUUUAGGUAUUUUUAUGAUGAUUUUUAUACAGAGGAUUUGCUUGACCUGCAUGAAUUGGAAAUUCAGAAAUGGAAGAAAUAUUACGAAGAUAACGGCAAACUUUUGGAUAUAAUAAAGAAGCACCAGGAAUUGUGUGUGGGAUAAGAUGAUACAAUUUGAAGAAAAUGCAACCGGAGUAAAUAGAUUUAAAAAUAGAGGUGGUCAAUUGCUGCAAGAAGAAAAAGAACGCAAUAAACUCUCUAAAGUAAUACCUCAACUGGAAGAACAAAUGUUGAAUCUGUCUGGAGCGUUUUUGGUUAAGAACGGUGUAGUUUUCAAGACUUUUGGUAGCACUGUCGAGGAAUAUAUCCAAAAUUUGCACGAGUCCCGUGAAAACGACCGUAAAACUAAGCUGAGCGCUCGGAAAUUGCAACGUUGUGAAACAACUCUUCGCACUCCAGGUAAAUCUUGUAUGAGCCUAUUUCCACCAUCCACCAGUAAGUGUACUACAGUUAGUAGUUACCCCAAAAACGAUUGCGUCCGCUUCCAAAAAGAAGAUAUUUGCCACGCCUACUACGGAGAAUACUGCAAAGAGGCCUAAGGCAACACCUGCGACUGUUGGUUCGAAAACGAAAGGCACGCCAAGAGUGAUUCCCAAAAUCAAGGUUACACAUCAUACUAUGUCACUGCCCAAACAGCGCAGGUCACGUUCAUUCCAGGAAACGGAAACAGAAACGGAAACGGGCCCUCAGGCAAAGUAGGGGUGCUCAAAAUGAAAAUGUGGUUCCUGAUCCAAAUGAAACUAAGGAUACAACAUACCACGACUUUCAGAGCAACUUGUCAAAUAAAGGACAAUCUACGCGCAGCACCAUCUUGCCAACUGAACCAACUCCAUCAACUUCCUCAAAAGCUACUUAAAGAACACCUGAAAAAACUAUACCACUUUCUAAACUCCAACCAGGACUCCAGCAUCUGCAAAAACUCCUUCCUCUAGGACCCCUACUGGGACUAAAAAUGAAACCAAGCUCGCUGUGUGCAAGAGAUAGCAUUGAGGAUAUGCCAUGGACGCAGAACUUAUGGGAGAAAGUUGAGCAGCAUAGCAAAAAAGGCUUUCUGAACUGGUGUAAAAUUGUAGCCGGUAACAAAGGCGAAGAUGUCGUUAUGUGGAAUAACGAUGAGUAUCUCAGGUCGGUCGAUGAGUUUUUUUGCGAUAUGGUGGCCGAAAUGUCGCAAACUCAUUCGCGUCAACCAUCAACAAAAUGCAAGAGUUUUUUCACUCGACUAGAAAGGGCGUGCAUCGAACUCCACCAACCAUUGCCUGAAAUUAAGGAAGAAGGUUUAAGCCUUUACGAAGCCCAGCAAGAAUUAUUGAAAUACGUGAAUAAAUAUGAAGCUGUCGUUAAUGCUAAGAAACUAGCUCUGGAAAAUCUUAACAAAAAACAAAUACAAUUAUGCAAAGAGUUAGACCGGAAAAUACAAAUUGAUUUGAAGUACCCCCCAUUGCCUACCCAAGCACAGUUUGAUAAAUUGGAAGCAGAAAAGUUUGAACGCGAGGAAAAAUUCGUAAAUUUGAAACACGAAAUCACAGAAAUCGUUGAUGAAAUCAAAUACAAACCCAAUAGCGACUUUGAAAGAGAGGUAUUGUCUUCAGAUGAUAUGAUGUUGAGUAACCAGAAUCUAAAAAUGCUGGAGUUUUUCGCCAAGUGUAUGAAAGAGCUCAAACUAUCCACCGAAGAAGAAGUGUCCCAUUUAAGAACAAGAAUUGAAGAUCUAUGGAAAAUGUUGGAUAUCGAGUUAAUAGAUAGAGAUGAAUUUAGAAGUCAUUAUUGUACUAGUAGAUAUAUUAUAGGUAGGAAAAGGCAACUCAUUGGAUACUUUGGAAGCGUUAAAAAUUGAAGUAAAAAGAUGCGAGGAAUUUAGAAAAGCCAAGAUAAAAAAUUUUGUGGACAAAUUGAGAGACCAACUCCAGACUAUUUGGACAACAUCUCAGAGUUUCAGGUAUCUUUAUAAUGAUUUUUAUACAGAGGAUUUGCUUGACCUGCAUGAAUUGGAAAUUCAGAAAUGGAAGAAAUAUUACGAAGAUAACGGCAAACUUUUGGAUAUAAUAAAGAAGCACCAGGAAUUGUGGGAUAAGGUGAUACAAUUGCCUAUUUUGUUUGUGUGUGUUUUUUUUUUUCAAAAAUAUUUUUUUUUAGAUGAUACAAUUUGAAGAAAAUGCAACCGGAGUAAAUAGAUUUAAAAAUAGAGGUGGUCAAUUGCUGCAAGAAGAAAAAGAACGCAAUAAACUCUCUAAAGUAAUACCUCAACUGGAAGAACAAAUGUUGAAUCUGUCUGGUGCGUUUUUGGUUAAGAACGGUGUAGUUUUCAAGACUUUUGGUAGCACUGUCGAGGAAUAUAUCCAAAAUUUGCACGAGUCCCGUGAAAACGACCGUAAAACUAAGCUGAGCGCUCGGAAAUUGCAACGUUGUGAAACAACUCUUCGCACUCCAGGUAAAUCUUGUAUGAGCCUAUUUCCACCAUCCACCAGUAAGUGUACUACAGUUACCCCAAAAACGAUUGCGUCCGCUUCCAAAAAGAAGAUAUUUGCCACGCCUACUACGGAGAAUACUGCAAAGAGGCCUAAGGCAACACCUGCGACUGUUGGUUCGAAAACGAACUGGUGCAGUACUGCCUUCGUCAGCAUCUGGCUACUCAAUGGCUUCAGCAUCAGUACCGCAAUCCGACAGUUUGUAUAGCGUAAGCAGCGGAGGCUCUUCCAUUUUAUCUUCAACUUCUGGCUCUUCCACUCACGCUUGUUGCUCUGGUCAUUGCAUUGAAGGCGCCUAUCCAAGACAACCCAGAACUGGUGCAAUAAAAAGAUCUCAAAAGCAAGACAUGAAAAUGACUCUUAAAGACUACUGCAGCAAGAACCGUUUGUCUCCGAUUCGAGAGGCGAGUCCUUUGCACAAUGUGCAGCCUCCUGCCUCUACGAGAAUCAGAUGCGCUCAGAAGAUUCUGACGCAACUGGAAAUGCCGCUGCUUGUCCGCAAAACUUACAAAUAUGAAAAAUUAGCCCAAGAGGACGACAACUUGCACAAAAAGGAGAAAAUCGACAACAAAAAGAACGAAAUAACUGAAAAGAAUAUGAUGGUGAAGAAGAAUAAAUUUUGAACAAACCUCAUAUUAAAUAAUCAAAACAAGUUUAUUAGGUCAAUUUUCUAUAAUACUUAGUACAUAUCUUUAUAUAAAAAGGAGUUUUAAAUUCAUAUAAAAGUGAUGGCAAUAAUUAUAGAGGUCUAGAGGCCUCAAAUUUUAGCUCUAAAGUACUUCAAAAUGUUCAAUUGCAUAAUAUAAUAAUAGAUAGUUAAUUAACAUUGUUUUAAUCUAAAAUACAUAAGACUUUUCUAAAAUACAUUGAAAUUAUCGAUAAUACAAUUCAGGUACUGCUAAAAUAGGUACUUUUG